AUGGAAAUCGCUGCAAAUGACCUACCCUGUUCGGCUUGCAGCUGGACCAAAAACAGUCAAGAUCAUUGUUCAUACAAAAGCAAUGUGAAGCUUUUCUACGGUGCCGGCGACCGUGGGGCAUGGUCAUUAGGGACCAAGUUCAUCCUCAAAGAACGAGGAACAAACCCACCAAUCUACGAAGGAUUCAACACGCGCUUCGUUAGAGAAAACACCACCAUCCCUACCCCCGCAGUGGUACAAGAAUGGACAGAAGAUAACAAUCGCCACUUCCUGAUUGCGGAGCGAGUUCCAGGCCUCACUCUGGAAGAGCAUUGGCCAAACAUGACCGAGGCCGACAGAGAGCAACUGGCGAAGGAGACCGCGGAAUACCUGGCACAACUCCGCCAACUCCAUUCACCCAAGAUGCAGAGCAUACAUGGCCAGCCACUACAUGUCGCUUUCCUCUUCUCAGGAGGCAGCAACACCCCGCACGGACCUUUAUCCUCGGCCGAAGAACUGUGGACCGAAAUGUCUGGGCAAUUGAAGGAGAUCCCCUCGAAGGUUUGCGCGCUCAUUAGACAGCGAAUGCCAUCGCCGGAGCCGUGGACAUUCACCCAUGGAGAUCUGGCCUUUUGCAACAUCAUGGUCGACCCAAAGACAAACAAGCUCUCUGGGAUCAUUGACUGGGAGGCAUCUGGGUACUACCCGGUAUGGUGGGAGUUUAGCUGCGCUGGGAUAGGACUUAGCGAGGCGGAUUCGCAGUGGAAAAAGUUGCUGCGCAAGUAUAUGGUGGAUUAUACCCCGGGGUAUGAAUUUUGGAAGGAUGUCAAGGCCUGCACUUCAGGUUGGGGUUGGGACAAGGAGAGACAGAAGAUACUAUGGCAAGAAUGUGGACUUGAGAUGCCCAACGAGUAG